GUGACUUUCACUCGCCUUUACGGUCCGUUAGUCCCCCUUCUGCUUCUCAUAAGAAACUGUGAAAGAAGACACGUAGGUGAAGUUUGCGAGAUCUUUUUUAAUAAUUUAUGGGACACUAUAUUGAUAUGUGACACAGAUUUCAAGAGUCUUUAGUUAGGUGAAGUUCCUCUCAACAAUAGGCGAAAAAAUGACCAAACAUAAGCUCUGUGCUGCAUUCAUCGCUCUGGCAUUAAUAGGACUUGUUUGUGAAACCACAGCUUCAAUUAGAUCUCCACAAGCUCCUAAUUUCCAGUAUUUUGAAAGGCCGCGAUACAGAUAUCCAUAUUAUGACGAAAAUGGAAGAGGCCGUUUGCUCUAUGGAUAUGGUGGAUCAGAUUUAUACCAAUAUAAGAGUUACAGUCCUCUGGAGGGUAUACACUGAUAAAAAAAUUCCACGAAAAAGGACCAAAGUUACAGCUUUAAAGAAACUAUAGUCUUUUUUCGAUUUUCGCAAAUACAAAUUUUUCUUUUCUAUCUUUUCUAUCAUUUAUAUGUUUAGUUGAAACUUGACAGAAUUGAUGUAUUUUUGUAUUUUUCAUUUGUAUUUUUAAAUUCUAAUUAGUACAUGCACUGCAGUGGAUCAAGUUCUAACGACUACAAUCUAUGUAAGACACGUAGCGCAAUUUGCAACAAUUCCACGAGAAAAUAUGUUAUUGUUUGUUAAUAGUAGUAGAUAAGUCUUGUGAUGUUUAAGCGAUAUAUUAUCCUAUCGUGAAAUACAUCGAGUUGAAAAGAAAA